ACGUAAAAAUCUUUCUGUGACAUCUUUUUGGCCUUGCUGAUUUUACUAGAAAUUUGAAAUUGUUGGGAACAGUUGGGCUCAACCUAAUUACAUAACGUGUAAUUCAUUGAAUUUCUGUCGUUCAUAUGCUGUAUCGGUUAUAGCUGCGGCUCGUUCUGUAGCCAGCCAGAGUCCUGAUCGAUGCUCCGACGGAAAAGGAGCACAGCGCUAGCGAGCACGCGGCCAUACUGCAGUUUGAUCUCAUACAAGUGCUGAAGCCAUGAACGCCGUACCGUUUUCUGUCCUGUAGUUACAGACACGGAUCGGGCGUUUACGCACGUCUGCUGAGGCAUGUUUCUUAUGGAUCUGUCUUGAAGCAAAGCUCCACACACCCCCAGCUCCUAUAUGCACGGUGCCACGGUACUGCUCCAUGCGUUUCUCUAUCAGUUCAGUCCUGUUUGAAUGUGGAUCCACGUACAUAACCGCUUGGUUCCUCCUUUGACUGGCUGGCUGAACGGUCAUAGUCGUCCAAGUGCCGUACUGCGAAAUAUCCUCCUGCAUUUACAGUACCCAGUACGCUGCUGCUGCACCGAGAUACUGGCUCAGCGCACGCUGCAUGGCAAUUUAAUAACCUGGGGUUGGACGGUUUGCAGAAUUGUUCGCUGCAGUCAAAUGCUGUGGGUUGCAGAAUGAUCCCUGGUUAUUGACUUGCAAGGUUCUUAUCUUUCUUCAUUUAAUUUAUUAUUUAACUUGUGUAUUGUAUCCACUUUAUCUAACCAUCUCCAGUUCGAUGGACAACGGUUUAUCAUCAUAUUCAUAUGAAGGGAUCACUUCCAAACACCGCUCGUGUUCGCUCGUUGGGAUGCUGUGUCAACCCUAACAUCGAGCGUAUUGUGUUGUCUCCCUGUAUUCUCUGGCACUGUGCCUGUGACCUUGCAAAACUGUGACCAAGACAUUGGAUUACCAAUUUAUCGUGCACCUGAAUAAGCUGCACUUGACAGAUUGCCUUUCGAACGGUGUAUUGAUGGAGUUUUUGCAUGUAAUUUAUCCGGCCGGUGGAUAUCGGUUAUGCGGGAAAAUUUAAACUUUAUAUCUAUGUGGACCUUUGUUAUUUGUCGAUAACGAUACUUCAGCCAUCACGCCGCGACUUCGCCAUAUAAAAAACCGUGGUGGUGCGGGGCUGCUCGAUAGUGAGCAGAUGAGGCGAUCGCGCAGCAUGGCUGGUCCGGAAAUCGCCAGCAUCCCCGAAAGUCUCGAUGUUGAUCGACGCACUUCCGCAGAUAGCGAAGGCGCUGAAAGCAGCAGUGCCACCGGUAAUACCGACCAACUUGGUCAUGGACAUUUUUUCACGAAGAAGUCCUUCCAUAAGCCGUCGUACUGCCAUCACUGCGCAGAGAUGAUAUGGACACUCAUCGGUGUGUCCGGAUACGUAUGCGAAGUCUGCAAUUUUGUGGUUCAUGAACGCUGCAUGAAACACGUGGUGACGCCGUGCUCAUCUAUCGCUGCCGCAUUAAUAAAGAAUCCUGUGCCGCAUUGCUGGUCGGAAUUAAUUCACGUUAAAAGAAAGUUCUGCAAUGUUUGCCGGAAACGCCUGGACGAUCUGUGGUGCUUUCGAUGUGAAAUUUGCGAUUACUAUGUGCAUGCUGAGUGUCAAGAAUUUGCAGCCAGUAACUGUCGUGAGUGUGCUACUUACACACCUGGAAAGGAACCUGCACAGAUUAUUCAGUAUCACCACUGGAGCGAGGGUAAUCUGCCCAAUAAUUCUAAAUGUGCCAGUUGCCGGAAAUCCUGCUGGUCAUCUGAAUGCUUAUGCGGCUACAGAUGUGCGUGGUGUAUUCUGACGGCACAUCCGCUAUGUCGCAGUACGGUGCCACAGGAAUGCGAUUUUGGACCAUUGAAAAAAAUUAUGCUUCCACCAAGUGUGGUGACGAUUCCGCGAACCGAACUUCCAAUGGAAACAAUCAUAGGAGUGUUAUCCUAUCGGAAAAUGAAAGAUAAGGAAUCGAAAGAGAAAGAGUCGGGCAACGAAAAAGAAAGUAUGCUGUCGCCGCGUACAGCCAUAUCCGAGGAACUCUCGUCUUCUACUGGUAUAAACGGAAAGGACAGUAGCGGUGAGUCUAGCAGUUCCAAAGAGCGCAAGCGGCGAAAAGAAAAGGAACGAGAAGACAAGGAGGAGCGGAAGGAGCGUGAUUCACAGAAAGAAGAGCGGCGUUCUAAGGAUAAAGAUGAUGAGGAGCAGGAUUCGGAUGCGGAGAUUGUCAAAGUUUUUGAUGGCAACUCAUCCAUGAGACGCAAAGUAUUCCGCACAAUUACCGUUAACCGCAACGCUGGAGCCAAAGAGGUGGUGGAGGCAGCUCUGCGUUCCUUUUACAUUAAAGACGACCCGGGAAACUACUACAUUACGGAAGCAUUAGAAGGCUCAGAGGAACGCACACUGGAUGUGACCACACCUAUCUGCAGCAUGUUGAUGAAAGAGGAUAGCCGAGAGCGUCCGUCCCUGUUUUUGCGCUACAGAGAUAAGGAUCCAAAUAAAGGAUUUAUCAAAGUUUAUCCGGGAAAUUUGAAAAGUUCUCAGGGGUAUAAAAGCAUUCCAGUUACAAGCGAUACAACGGUCGAUGAUGUGCUGGAGUAUGCUCUGCGCAAGUUUGGAUUAGGCACUACGACCAAAUCUAAAUACAAUCUUAUUGAAGUGACCAUGGAUAACCGAGUGACCGAGCGCGUUUUAUCGCACAACGAGAAGCCUUGGCGUAUUAUGCAACAGAUUCGAAAGGAAUCGAUCCAUCAAAUGCUGAAGACGCGAUUUUAUCUUCAAGAAAAGGAGGAUCCCCACGGAUCUACAAUAGCUCUCUUUAUUGGCAAUCUACCUUCUAACCUUUCACAGCGCCAGUAUCACGGCAUACUGAUGGGUUUCAUUGGAGACGAUAAUCCAUUUUCCACAAUUGGAAUAAUUUAUUAUGAAUACGGCUCGGUUGUGAUUAUUUACGAUAACAACGAUGCCGCUGUGCGAGCGUUUAACUCGUUGAAAGUUGCUGUUUUCGAUGAUCGGAACCUGCUUGUGAUGCUGUUACCUAAUAUUCAAGCUCAGUUGUUAGCAAAUUUGAAAGAACUGACGCCGCUGUUGGUCUUUGUCAAUGUGAAAAGCGGUGGUUGUCAGGGAAUGGAGCUGAUCGCAUCCUUUCGCAAACUACUUAAUCCUUAUCAAGUAUUUGAUUUGGGAAAUGGUGGACCUCUGCCGGGUCUCUACGUCUUUCGUAAUGUGCCAAAAUAUCGCAUUCUGAUCUGCGGUGGAGAUGGGACUGUGGGGUGGGUGCUACAGUGCCUGGAUAAUGUGGGCCAAGAUUCCGUGUGCCAGUCGCCACCUUGCGCGGUGGUUCCACUUGGAACGGGCAAUGAUUUGGCGAGAGUAUUGCGAUGGGGAACAGGUUAUACCGGCGACGAGGAGCCAAUGGAUAUUCUGAGGGAUGUUAUUGAAGCGGAUGAAAUCCGUCUCGAUAGGUGGACCGUAGUUUUCCAUCCGGACGAAAAACCAGAAGGCGAAGUAAAAGCUGUGGCUGCUUGCCAAGUUAUGAGUAGCAGCACUGCGGAAGACAACACGAGUAUGUUCGUUAUGAAUAAUUACUUCGGCAUUGGUUUGGAUGCUGAUCUCGCUCUGGAUUUUCAUAAUGCUCGCGAAGAAAACCCUGAUAAAUUUAACAGUCGAUUUCAUAAUAAGAGGAUCUAUUUCAAAAUGGGUUUGCGCAAAAUGGUCAAAAAUCGGAGUGCAAAGAGUGGUAGUCGCGAUUUACAAAAGGAAAUAGAGCUUGAAGUCGAUGGAAAACAUGUGGACCUGCCGCCCGUGGAAGGAAUAAUCAUUCUGAACAUUUUAAGUUGGGGCGCCGGGUGUAAUCCUUGGGGCAUGGAAAAAGACGAGACCUUUUCGAAACCCACACAUUGGGACGGUAUGCUCGAGGUUGUCGGAGUGACUGGUGUAGUGCAUUUGGGACAAAUGCAGAGCGGUCUGCGAAGUGGCAUUCGGAUAGCCCAAGGAGGACACAUCCGUAUUAAAAUGCGUUCGGAGCUUCCUGUUCACGUUGAUGGAGAACCAUGGAGCCAAGGAUCGGGUCAGGUGGUCGUGCUGCGAUCUGCGUUGCGGGCCACCAUGCUCAAGAAACGCAAAGUAAAGCAGCCUUCUGUUGCAGGCAACGAUGCUAAAGAAGACUAAGAUAAAGCGACGUCACACUACCGAAGUGCAUCAUUCAGUAACGGAACCCGAGCGUUCAAGCUCAUAAAACGAGGAAUAUUUUUCGCAUUGUCUCUUCGUCGGUUUCCGCACAUGCAGAAAUAGAGUUGUUGCGUUCGGAAGAGGGAUUAAUGUCCUUUCAUAUAUUCUUUUGAAUAAUUGGCGGGUUAAACUAAAAUCCGGUGGUACAGCAGGAUCUCAUGGACUUGUUGGAAAAUGGUGAAAUCGGCAGUUUAUGAAGGAAUCAAAAUUCCGGAGGCAGUUAGCGGCCAGCGAUGUGUUGGUUUUGCUGUUCGGAAACCGGUGUUUUUUUUUCUUUAUUGAUCUUAUUUGUCGGGUUUAACCGUGAUCCUCUCAACCAAACCAGAGUUUUUCUCCAAAUCAUGGGUGGGUUAUUUGAUGAAUAGCGUGAAAAUAAUAUGUCGUAUGGGAUGAAAGUGAUGGGAUGCACCGGCGCAGCGUAGUACGCGUUGCUUUUCGGAGUCGGUGCGAUUCCUGUCCUUUGUCCUGUAUUAUGCAAGCCCAAGUGUAAUGUGCGUUUGCACAAACCGUUUGUUUUGUAUGUUCGUUGUGGCGCUAGAUUUAGAGUAUGUUGAUGUUGUAUUACUCGUGUUUUUCCUCUUUCUCUCUGUUUUUCAGCGUUCUUUUUAUUCACGCGCAAAGGAAAGUAUUGUGUGCUUUGUGGAUUUAAUUCUCUUUUUCUUCUCCUUAUCUUUUUGUUUUAAGUUUCUGGUAGAGAUUUUUCUACAUCAGAUUACUACGUGCGACUGGCCUAAGAUGGAUAUUUUGCUGUUCUUUUUCAAUGGAAUUUUUCAGAUCGAUAAUCGCGUUUGUGCACUCUGUUUUGUUUGGGUUACAGUUGUGAAAAAGGCAUUGUACGGCCGUUGUGAUUUGUUACAGGUUUUGUUUUAUGUUGAAUUAUAUUCAUCUAGGAAUAAUAUGCAGCCUGUUGCAUGAAAUUUCUCAGUGCACAAUAAAUGUGGAA